GGGGCGAGCAAGGUCAAGCAGAAGUGAAAGAUUUUGGAAGGAAAUUUACUCCUAAAUUCUUGGAUAUAUUUGUUAUAAGACGAUAAUCGAUCAAGAUGUUGGGAAGGGCAUCACUUUGCCAACGAUUUGGCCGCCUGAUCUCUCACAGCGUGGCAAAACAGAAAGCUUUAUAUGCAACAGCUGUGCCUCCUAAACAAUUCCGAUACCAAGAUAUCUUUGAAACCACUGCACCACAUUCGGAACCGUACAAAAAACUCACAGGUGAUUAUGUUUCGACUUUCGAUGUCAAGGGCAAGAGGGUACUACAUGUCCAGCCUGAGGCCCUUACUCUCCUUACCGAGCAGGCCAUGAUAGACAUUGCUCACCUAUUGAGGCCAGGCCAUCUGCAGCAACUUUCGAACAUCCUGAAGGAUCCUGAAGCCUCGAACAAUGACAAAUAUGUUGCUCUCGAAUUCUUGAAGAAUGCCAACAUAGCAGCCAACAUGGUCUUGCCUGGGUGUCAGGAUACAGGAACUGCUAUUUGCAUGGGAAAGAAGGGCCAGUAUGUGUGGACGGAUGGUAAUGAUGCUGAAGCCAUAUCACGAGGUGUUUAUAACACUUACACAAGCAAGAACUUGAGGUAUUCACAGGUCGCCCCGACUGAUAUGUUCACAGAGAAGAACACAGGCACAAACCUCCCGGCACAGAUUGACAUCUUCGCAACACAGGGUGACGAGUAUCAUUUCCUGUACAUGGCAAAAGGUGGCGGCUCGGCAAAUAAGACGUUCCUCUACCAGCAGACCAAGGCACUACUGAACCCUGAGAAACUCAUGACCUUCUUGAAUGAAAAGAUUAAGACCCUGGGAACUUCAGCCUGUCCACCAUAUCAUUUGGCCAUCGUAAUCGGUGGGACAUCCGCGGAGACUUGUCUUAAAACCGUCAAACUAGCCUCAGCAAGAUAUUUGGAUCAUAUAAACACAUCUGGUAAUGAUCUCGGAAGGGGUUUCAGAGACGUAGAACUCGAGGAACAAGUCCAUGCCAUGACGAGAUCGAUAGGGAUUGGUGCACAGUUUGGUGGGAAAUAUUUCUGUCAUGACGUGCGUGUGAUUCGCCUGCCGAGACAUGGUGCGUCUUGUCCUGUUGGAAUUGGAGUGUCUUGUUCUGCCGAUAGACAGGCCCUUGGUAAGAUUACAGCAGAUGGUGUGUUCUUGGAGCAACUGGAAACAGACCCAUCAAAAUAUUUACCAGAUAUAGAUGUCGAAUCAUUUGGAGGUGAAGUACUUCAGGUUGAUCUCAACAAGGGCAUGGACGCUGUCCUGAAAGAGCUGACAAAUUAUCCAAUCAAAACGAGGCUGAGUCUGACGGGGACGUUAGUGGUUGCGCGAGAUAUCGCCCACUCCAAACUGAAGGAGAGACUGGACAAGGGGGAAGAACUGCCACAGUAUGUCAAGGAUCACCCGGUCUACUAUGCUGGGCCUGCAAAGACCCCAGAGGGGUACGCUAGCGGCUCAUUUGGACCCACGACGGCUGGCCGCAUGGACUCUUACGUUGAUCAACUUCAAGCAAAUGGCGGUAGUAAAAUCAUGUUAGCCAAGGGGAACAGGAGCAAACAGGUGACGAAGGCUUGUAAAACACAUGGUGGUUUCUACCUGGGGUCAAUUGGAGGCCCAGCUGCCAUUUUAGCAAAAAACAGCAUCAAGAAAGUCGAAGUUCUAGAAUACCCAGAAUUAGGUAUGGAGGCCAUAUGGAAAGUCGAGGUGGAAAACUUCCCUGCGUUCAUUGUUGUAGACGACAAAGGCAAUGAUUUCUUCAAAGAAUGGCAGGUGGAAUAAGGAGAUUGCUGACGUAGUGAAUACUGAAUACUGAUGAUUUUGAGAUUGGUGAAAAAAGCACUUGGCAUUGGCACACCUGAUAUAUGGAUACAGCUAAGUGACUUUCUUAAGAUCUGUGUGACCAGAAGUUAUUGUCAGGAUACAGGCAAAAUGAAUGUUGGACAUUUAGCAUUCUGUAAGCAUUAUGUCUUUUGCCACAAUCGACAUUUCAUUGACAAGAUGAUUCACUGUUCGCCCUGCGAUUAAAAAUCAGACUGCAGAUAGGUAUCUUGUGUCUGUGACUCAUGUUUGCCCUGGGAGCCUGCCCUAGUGUUUAUUCAUGACAAAAUGUUGAGGAUAACACUCGGAUUCUGUGGCAGUCAGUUAUUGAGACCAGCAAUUUUGAUCCUCACCUCUAGGUUGAAGCAGCCAAUAGCAGUACAACCCACCAUAUGUGAUAGCCAGUGAAGUUAAGAAGCAAUACUGGGUGGCGAGGCUCAGUUAUGAUGAAGACAAUUGUGAUCACUCCAACUAACUUUGCCAACAAAGUUGUUUAUGACCACGAUGCAGCACUUGAUGUACAGAUAGCAGACGAAGCUUUAUUAUGUUAGUGUCAGUUAGGUGGCGUCAUUCACCAAUCGAAUCGCUCUGAUGAUUCUGAUUGGCUGCCUGAUUAUAGUGGCAGCGUUUGGCAUAUAAUUCAUAUCUUCUGUUCGGGGUGGUAGGCAGACAGACUGAGUCAAUGCUGAAAUUUGUUAGUUGCCAAUUUCGUUAGUUAUAAUUAGGCUGUACGGUGCUUUCGACAAAUUGCCAUAGAGUUCAUUUAAAUGUGCUUAUAAUAAUACAUGUAAUGUGAACUAUAUGAUCCAAAUUCUCAAUUUCCUUUGUUGUGGACGUUACAAGGGGUUAUCACUUGAUUUUUCGAGUUUUCAAAGGAUUUUCUUCGAAAAGAUUAUCAAAUAAUGCUACAGUCCCUUUACUCUUGCAGUGAUAUCCCGGUAAAUCAAAUGUAUUAUGUCAUCAUUGUAUGCUAGUUGUACAAUAUAACUUAUAUGUAAAUAAAUAAAUGAAAUUGUUA